GGCUCGGGGGUUAGGAUGGCUGAGCUGCUAAUUGCUCCCCCAUGCGGACAGGAUCCCGGCGAGGUGGGGGGAGGGGAUAUGGGUACAGAGGGACCCCGCCCCCUCCUGUCGCUUGCGGGUGGGGCGUCUGUUGUGGGGGCGGGACGUUGGAGCGGCGGGCGGGGCAUUUAAAAUGGAGAGGCACCUGGGGGCUUUGGUGAGGACCCACUCAGAGGACUAGAGUGGGGCGGGGCUUAGAGGUGGACGGGGCGUUAGUACUAAGGGCGGAGUUCCUGGGCUGUAGGCCCUGGUGCGCGGGCGAACUUUCAGGACUGUAGCGGCUUUGUACUGGGGGAGGUGGGGCGGGAAGGAGACCUUCCAGUCUAAGGGAGCCCACUCGAGCCAGGCUUCUGGGCAGAGCGCUUUUAUUGGCUUGUGGGCGGGUUUUCUGGGGUGACAGUUGUGUGUAGGCGGGGCUUCUGGGCUGAGGGGCUUUAUGUGGGAGCAGAACUUCUAAAGAGAGGAGAGUAGGUGUGGGCAGAGCAUUUGGGCUGAGGAUGCCUGUGUGGGGUUUUCGAAGCCAGGUACAGUGGUGCGUGAACAGAGCUUCAGGGCUGAGGGCUAGUUAGGGGAAGAGUUCCUGGAUAAGAACUUUUUGGAGAUGUGUGGGGAAAGCUUCCAGGCUGAGAAGCUAGAGCAAGGGAUGUGUGUGUGGAGGCUGCUGUGCUGCCCUGAGGAGAGAUGAACAAGGCUUUGACUUUGACUGGGACUAGGGUGGUGUUUAGGACCUUUGUGCAAGGUGGUGCCUGGGAGCGUGGGCUAGACUGCUAAGCUUAGAGAAAGAGGUUGUGGGUCCAAGUUUUGAGUCCACAGCCACAGCAUUCUCCCAGAGCCCACAUCCUUGAUCCUGGGCUCAGGCCCUGAGUCCUGACCUUGAGAACCCAGGAUACUCAUUGAGCUGGUUCUUGGAUCCUAGAGGAAAACACUUCAAGGGCACCCAGAGUUGUAAGCCUACAGAGACUUCUAGUAUCUGAAUGGAGCAGUGUACACCAGUGCUAAGAGCACAGGACCCAGGCCCCCAAACUACCUAUGACACAAUAUAAACCAAGUUUCCUAAUCUAUGGAAAACCUACCUUGUGGAGUUCACUCCCUCAUCAACAUGUACUUUGUUGGGCACUUACUUUAUGCUGGACACUGCUGUAGGGGGAGAGGAUAAACAAUGAAAAAGAAGAUCAAGAUACUGACCUCACUGGCCUUUCAUUCUAGUGGGAAAGAUAGACAAAAAAUAUGUUAACAAAUGAACAAGAUGAAGAGUGAAUUGUGGGAAAAAAUAGAAAUAAGAUAGUUAUAAGGGCAGAUACUUCAAAAAUGGCAAUCAGGGAGGGGCCCUCCAGAAGGUACAGCAAGUGCAAAAGGUAGCAACAAGCUUGGUUUGCCCAAGGAGACAAAAAGCCAGGCUGGCUGAAACAUGGGGGUGAGGCAGAGAAUGGUAGGAGAUGCGUUUGAAGAGGUACACAGGGGCCAGAUUGUGGGUCUCUGUGACUGAGUGAUAAAAUGAGACACCAGGUAGCCAGUGUCAUUACUGUCAUCCUUGAUACAUGCCCUCUAGCUUGAGGAUCUAUCUUAUGUUGAGCCCCACAGGAGGACGAAGAGGUCCCAACAGGACAUCCUACUGUCGAAAUCCACUCUGUGAGCCAGGAUCAUCUGGGGGCUCUGGUGGGGGCCACACUUCCAGUGCAUCUGUCACCAGUGUCCGUUCCCGCACCAGGAGCAGUUCUGGAACGGGCCUCUCCAGCCCCCCACUGGCGACGCAGACAGUCGUGCCCCUCCAACACUGCAAGAUCCCCGAGCUGCCAGUCCAGGCCAGCAUUCUGUUUGAGUUGCAGCUCUUCUUCUGCCAGCUCAUAGCUCUCUUCGUCCACUACAUCAACAUCUACAAGACAGUGUGGUGGUACCCGCCCUCCCACCCACCCUCCCACACCUCCCUGAAUUUCCACCUGAUCGACUUCAACUUGCUGAUGGUGACCACCAUUGUUCUGGGCCGCCGCUUCAUUGGGUCCAUCGUGAAGGAGGCUUCUCAGAGGGGGAAGGUCUCCCUCUUUCGCUCCAUCCUGCUGUUCCUCACCCGCUUCACCGUUCUCACGGCAACAGGCUGGAGUCUGUGCCGCUCCCUCAUCCACCUCUUCAGGACCUACUCCUUCCUGAACCUCCUGUUCCUCUGCUAUCCGUUUGGGAUGUACAUUCCGUUCCUGCAGCUGAACUGUGACCUCCGCAAGACAAACCUCUUCAGCCACAUGGCCUCCAUGGGUCCCCGGGAGGCGGUCAGUGGCCUGGCACGGAGCCGGGACUACCUGCUGACGCUGCGGGAGACGUGGAAGCAGCACACGCGGCAGCUGUAUGGCCCGGAAGCCAUGCCCACCCAUGCCUGCUGCCUGUCGCCCAGCCUCAUCCGCAGCGAGGUGGAGUUCCUCAAGAUGGACUUCAACUGGCGUAUGAAGGAGGUGCUGGUCAGCUCCAUGCUGAGUGCCUAUUACGUGGCCUUUGUGCCUGUGUGGUUUGUGAAGAACACACAUUACUAUGACAAGCGCUGGUCCUGCGAGCUCUUCCUGCUGGUGUCCAUCAGCACCUCGGUGAUCCUCAUGCAGCACCUGCUGCCUGCCAGCUACUGCGACCUGCUGCACAAGGCAGCGGCCCAUCUGGGCUGCUGGCAGAAGGUGGACCCAGCGCUGUGCUCCAACGUGCUGCAGCACCCGUGGACUGAAGAAUGCAUGUGGCCACAGGGCGUGCUGGUGAAGCACAGCAAGAACGUCUACAAAGCAGUGGGCCACUACAAUGUGGCCAUCCCCUCUGAUGUCUCCCACUUCCGGUUCCACUUCUUUUUCAGCAAACCCCUGCGGAUUCUCAACAUCCUUCUGCUGCUGGAGGGCGCUGUCAUCGUCUACCAGCUCUACUCCUUAAUGUCCUCUGAAAAGUGGCACCAGACCAUCUCACUGGCGCUCAUCCUCUUCAGCAACUACUACGCCUUCUUCAAGCUGCUCCGGGACCGCCUGGUAUUGGGCAAAGCCUACUCGUACUCGGCCAACCCCCAGAGGGACCUAGACCACCGGUUCUCCUGAGCCCCAGGGCGACCCCAGGGACAGCAUCCAGCCUUCAGCCAGGGGCUCCCUGGGAAGAGGCUGUUGGGGAGGGAUGGGUGAGGGGCAAAACAAACAAACAAACAAAAACAGACAAAAAAAUCCACCAGAGCUUUGUAUUUUUGUUACAUACUGUUUCUUUCUUUGAUAAUUGAUGUGAUUAUGAGGAAAAAAAAGUCCUAUUUUUAUACUCCCAAUAA